UUAUCUGUGUGAUCUUUAUAUGUCAAAAUAAAGACAAGGAAGAGUAGUGGAGAUUACGAUUAACUUUAUUCUUAUAUGAUUGUUGUCCCAAAUAAAUUGAUUCGUGUGAAAGUUGUGUUUCAUAAAAUAGACCCUAAAACAUUUUACAUGGUUACUUUCGACCUUAUCAGUCACUAUGUGGGAAUCACCAUACUUGACUUGUUUGGUUCUGUAUGUAUUUUCUUUUCAAAUUAUCACGACUAAUUCUCGCACUUCGAAUAUUUGGAAAUUAGAUGUCGAAGAAGGGCAAAUUGUUGACGGCAAUACAAUAUCCCAGGAUGACUCAGAUAAAUCUCAAAUCACUGAAGAAGAUGAUAUAUUCAGUAUAAUAACUUCAACAGUUUACUAUGGUAAUACGUGGACUAAACAUGGCUUUGACAUGUUCUGUACAGAUUGCCAGAUGUUUGAACAGCAAAGAGCUAUUGGGGAAAAUGGUGAAGAAACAAAUCCCACAGAUAUGAAUGGGAGUGAUAUUGACGAUGAAUAUUUGGACUGCGGUAAAGCUGUUAAUUUUACAUAUUAUGACAACCUAGUGGGAGUAGCAAGACGACAUCGACAUCCUAACGUACCUGAACCCCAGGUUGCACUUAUUUUCACAAAGAAAAAAUCAUACAAGAAUGGUGUGACGGAAUUAGAUAUAAAUGCAUUAGAAAAACGCCUUAAAAAGGCUAAAAGAGAAAAACCAAAGUCAGUGCAGCUUUACAAUCAAAUUGGUAAUUUCUGGAGAAUCAAAGGUGACACAAGACAGUCGAUUGAAUGCUUCCGACGAGCAUUGGCUGUAUCGCCUUAUAAUGCUGAAGUGCUGCUAAACCUAGCCCGCGUGCUAUUCACUCUACAGUACCUAGACGACGCGAUCUAUUUAACGCGACGUUCACUCGAGGUACAGCCUCCAGACCGCAGUGCGUGGCAGCAAUACUUCACUCUGGGCGAGAUAUUUAAAGCUUAUGGACAUUAUCAGGAGGCAGCACUGCACCUAAAACACGCAUUAGACCUUCGACCAGACUUCGAGCCAACUCUGACCGCGCUCAGAGACAUCGAGAACAUGCCCGAAGCUUCCGUACACGUGUACACGCUACUGAUAAUUAUUUGCUUGGUAAUGGGCGUGUUGCUAGUGAUACUGUCGUCAGUGGACAACGGUAGCGAGACACCCGACGAACACAAAACUCAGCGUCAUUUCAACCGCGCUAUGGCGAUGCGUUCGAUACGCGGCGUCACACUACCGGCCGCGCGGGGGAAAAAGAAAGGAGGCUCGUAAACGACGACACUGCGGGCCUGAGUUUACCACCU